CCGUGUGGGUUAAUGGCUCCUCCUGCUAGAUAUUGAGACGGAGCUGGUACAGAGGAGCAAUAAGGGGUAGCAGCAAUAGUACGUAGAAUAGCAAUUACACCCUUAAUAUUAGCUGUUUUCCGUCGUAAUUGUUUGGGUGGGUUUGGCUCAGAGACGGUGGGAGUAUUAGUUUGGGUCGAGUGUUAAAAUUAGACACAGGCGGUCGAGGAAAGCGUUGUAUUUUUGAACGACCAACUCCCCAAAUGAACUCCGUCAGAGCCACCAACAGAAGACCCAGGCGAGUGUCGAGGCCGCGCCCGGUGCAGCCCGAACGGAACAACGCCGAGCGAGAUGAAGAGGUCCCCGCUGCCGCCGCUGCCGCCGAGAUGGCUGUCGAGGAGUCGGGUCCAGGAGCCCAGAACAGUCCCUACCAGCUCCGUCGCAAGUCCCUGGUGCCCAAGAGAACCGCUGCUGCCUCUGCCACUGCCUCCGCCUGCCCCAGCAAGAGCCCCAUGGAGGGUGCUUCUACCUCGUCCACAGAGGCCUUCGGUCACCGAGCCAAGCGGGCAAGAGUGUCCGGUAAGAGCCACGACCUGCCAGCUGCCCCUGCAGAGCAGUAUCUGCAGCAGAAGCUUCCAGAUGAGGUGGUGUUGAAGAUAUUCUCCUAUCUGCUGGAGCAGGACCUGUGCCAGGCGGCCUGCGUGUGCAAGAGAUUCAGCCAGCUAGCAAACGACCCCAUCCUCUGGAAGCGGCUGUACAUGGAGGUGUUUGAGUACACCAGGCCCAUGAUGCACCCAGAACCGGGCCGGUUUUACCAGGUCAGCCCUGAAGAACAUGAGCACCCAAACCCCUGGAAGGAGAGCUUCCAGCAGCUGUACAAAGGGGCUCACGUGAAGCCCGGUUUUGCCGAGCAUUUCUACAGCAACCCAGGCAGAUAUAAAGGCCGGGAGAACAUGCUGUACUACGACACCAUCGAGGACGCUCUUGGCGGCGUGCAGGAGGCCCACUUUGACGGGCUUAUCUUUGUCCACUCGGGUAUCUACACGGACGAGUGGAUAUACAUCGAGUCCCCCAUCACCAUGAUUGGCGCAGCUCCCGGUAAGGUAGCAGACAAGGUGGUGAUCGAGAACACCAGGGACUCUACGUUUGUCUUCAUGGAGGGCUCAGAGGACGCCUAUGUAGGCUACAUGACCAUCCGGUUUAACCCCGACGACAAGUCGGCCCAGCACCACAACGCCCACCACUGCCUGGAGAUCACCGUCAACUGCAGUCCCAACAUAGACCACUGCAUCAUCCGCUCCACCUGCACAGUGGGUUCAGCGGUGUGUGUGAGUGGCCAGGGGGCUUGUCCGACCAUCAAACACUGCAACAUCAGUGACUGUGAGAACGUGGGCCUGUACAUCACGGAUCAUGCCCAGGGCAUCUACGAGGACAAUGAGAUCAGCAAUAACGCCCUGGCGGGCAUCUGGGUGAAAAACCACGGCAACCCCAUCAUACGACGCAACCACAUCCACCACGGUCGAGACGUCGGCGUGUUCACCUUCGACCACGGCAUGGGCUACUUUGAGAGCUGCAACAUCCACCGGAACCGCAUCGCGGGCUUCGAGGUGAAGGCGUACGCCAACCCCACCGUGGUGCGCUGCGAGAUCCACCACGGCCAGACGGGGGGCAUCUACGUGCACGAGAAGGGCCGCGGGCAGUUCAUCGAGAACAAGAUCUACGCCAACAACUUUGCCGGAGUCUGGAUCACCUCCAACAGUGACCCCACGAUACGGGGAAAUGCUAUAUUCAACGGUAACCAGGGGGGCGUGUACAUAUUUGGAGACGGGCGGGGAUUGAUCGAGGGCAACGACAUCUACGGGAACGCCCUCGCCGGGAUCCAGAUCCGGACCAACAGCUGUCCGAUCGUACGGCAGAACAAGAUCCACGACGGACAGCACGGCGGCAUCUACGUGCACGAGAAGGGCCAGGGGGUGAUCGAGGAGAACGAGGUCUACAGCAACACGCUGGCGGGGGUGUGGGUGACCACGGGCAGCACGCCAGUCCUGCGACGCAACCGCAUCCACAGCGGCAAACAGGUGGGCGUGUAUUUCUAUGACAACGGCCACGGGGUGUUGGAGGACAAUGACAUCUACAACCACAUGUACUCCGGAGUGCAGAUAAGAACGGGGAGCAACCCCAAGAUCCGGCGCAACAAGAUAUGGGGCGGGCAGAACGGAGGCAUUCUGGUCUACAACUCUGGUCUGGGCUUCAUCGAGGACAACGAGAUCUUCGACAACGCCAUGGCGGGCGUGUGGAUCAAGACGGACAGCAACCCCACGCUGCGGCGCAACAAGAUCCACGACGGCCGGGACGGGGGCAUCUGCAUCUUCAACGGCGGCCGAGGUCUCCUGGAGGAGAACGACAUCUUCAGGAACGCCCAGGCCGGUGUGCUGAUCAGCACCAACAGCCAUCCCAUACUGCGCAAGAACCGCAUCUUCGACGGCUUUGCAGCAGGUAUUGAAAUCACGAACCACGCGACGGCAACGCUGGAGGCAAACCAGAUCUUCAACAACCGCUUCGGGGGUCUGUUCCUGGCCUCGGGGGUCAACGUCACCAUGAAAGAUAACAAAAUAAUGAACAACCAGGACGCCAUCGAGAAGGCGGUGAGCCGAGGGCAGUGUCUGUACAAGAUCUCCAGCUACACCAGCUACCCCAUGCACGACUUCUACAGGUGUCACACUUGCAACACGACAGACCGGAAUGCGAUCUGUGUCAACUGCAUCAAGAAGUGCCACCAAGGCCACGAUGUGGAGUUUAUUAGGCAUGAUAGGUUUUUCUGUGACUGCGGCGCGGGGACGUUGUCAAACCCCUGCACGCUGGCGGGGGAGCCCACGCACGACACGGACACUCUGUACGACUCGGCGCCGCCCAUCGAGUCCAACACACUGCAACACAACUGAGCCAAGGCCCGCAGUACAACGCACGCACACACACACACACAGACACGCACACACACGCACACACGACUCUCUGCACCAUCCACACGUCACAGAGCCAUAGCAUCCAUCCAUCCAUCUCCACAGGACCCACACAGAGACCGGGAGACACGCACACAUGAACAUGGUUUGCAUACAACACACGUGGACGUCGGCCCGCGGCCGCGUGGACCCACGGAGAGACUCUGCGCUAGCGGCGCUCUCAGACCGGGCCCCGGGCGGCCGUGGCUGCGGAUUGGCCAGUGGGUGGAGGUGGUGGUGGUGGUGGAG